AUAAUUUGAAGGGGCAAAAUGGUAAUAAUCAAAAUUAAACACAACAGAGAAGCGAAACGAGGGAGAUCAAAUUGAAAUCUGAAACCCUAGAUUGAGAAAGAGUGAAGUGAAACAACCAUGACACAAUUUCUACUGAGAAACGCUUCUCUCUACACUCGCAAUCUUCUCCACCACCACCACUCUUACACCACCGCGCCACUCGCCGCUUCAUCUCUCUCCCGCUUCCGUUUCUUCUCCUCCGACGAAAACCCCUCUCCACCUCCCUCCACCAAUGAAGAAAAACCAUCUACCCUUCCCUCCAUCAAAAAAGACCCUGCCCCCCUCGAAGUCAAAGACGUCGGCAACAAAGAGUUCAAAGCGAUGAUUAACCAAUACCUACACAAACACGACGAAACAGUGUUGCCGGCGAUCAUGGAUGCGAUUAUGGUGAGGAGGUUAUCGGGGUUACAUGAAGAAACUGAUGAUGAGAUUAUGAAUGAACUUCAGAUGGCACCUAUUGAUGAUGUGGAUGAUAUGGAUUUUGAAAAUGAUUUUGAGGAAACACAUGAAACUGAUAAUGAGAUUGAUGAUUUGUAUAAUGCUAGAGAUCAUGUUAUGAAGAAAAUGGUUAAAGAUCAGUACUUUAAUAUGGAUGAUAAGAAAUGGGCUGAUAUUGUUGAAGAUGGUGUUAAGCAUGGCUUUAUGACAGAGACUAAGGAGUGUGAGGCUAUUCUUGAAGAUAUGCUUAGCUGGGAUAAACUUCUCCCAGAUGACAUAAAACAGAAGGUGGAGACAAAAUAUAAUGAGCUAGGGGACAUGUGUGAGAGAGGGGAACUUGAACCUGAAGCUGCUUAUGAACAGUAUAAGAAGUUUGAGGAUGAGCUUGUGAAUGAAUAUAUUCAGACGGCGGAAAAAGAAGCGGCCAUGCAGCCUGUUGAUACUUCUGUGCCAGACAAGAAAAAGGAUUCCGAUGAUCCGCCAGGUGAAGGCCCAAUUCUCCGGUGGGUAACUCGGGUAGUAUUUGCUCCUGGUGGCGAUGCAUGGCAUCCCAAAAACAGAAAAGUGAAACUAUCUGUAACUGUAAAGGAGCUUGGACUUUCAAAAUACCAAUUUCGCCGUCUCAGAGAAUUGGUUGGAAAACGUUAUCAUCCCGGGAGAGAUGAGCUUACAAUUACUAGUGAGAGGUUUGAACAUCGUGAAGAAAACAGAAAGGACUGCUUGAGGACUCUUCUCUCACUCAUUGAGGAAGCUGGCAAAGCUAAUAAACUAGUAGACGAUGCUCGGACUUCCUAUGUGAAAGAGAGGCUCAAAGGCAAUCCUGCUUUCAUGGCGAGGCUGCAUGCUAAGUCCAUGAGAUUGCGAGAUUCCAAUCAAAUUCCUGCUUGAGGUUUUCAGGCUUGACGCGGGAAUUUUGUAACAUUUCAACUGCCAAAAUUCAUUGUUCUCGGAUUUUUGUUUCUACAAUUUUUAUCUUUAUCUUUGUAGUUGCAGUCUAGGUUCUAGUUUCAGAAACACCUGUUCAUACUGGGAUAAGGCUACGGAGAUCUGAUACUCACCCCAAAAAUUAUAGGAAACUCACAAGGGCCAAUCUUUAUUUAUAUCUUUCAUAUUUAGUGCUUAGCAUUGCCCAUGUUGUUUUUACCUGUAGCCGGUGGUUUACGCUGGCUGACUUUUUGACAUGCUUUUGAGUUACUUGUCUUUUUUCACCAAUAAUAUCUUUUAAUGUACA